AUGGAUAAGAGUCACGCGUCUUCAGGGAAAGUCGAUACCAUGUUCGAAUUACUGAAAUUCACGGUCUUCAUUGACUCCCAUUUUGAAGAGGACACUUUGGGCUAUCUACUGAAGCAAAAAUAUCGCUAUAUAUGUAUACGUAAACAGCUUGCACCACGUUUUCGUUUAAUUCGUCAAUGCAACGAAUGUGAUUUUUCUACAUCAAAUAUAAAUGAAUUUAAAAAUCAUAUGAAUAUUGAACAUUCGAUCGAAAAAGUAUUUCCAUGUGAUUCAUGUCGUCAUUAUUGUGUUUCUCUUCAUGAUUUUCAUUUACAUGCAAAAUCUCAUGAAAUCAAACCUGUAAUAUCAACAAAUUCACCUCUUAUCAUUCAAUCAUCUUCAUCGAUAACAACACCAAAAACAAUGACAAAUUUUUCGAAAUCAAUUUUAAAUUCUGAAGAAGAAAUUACUGAUCAAGAACAACCAACAAAUUAUGUUAUGGAUUCUUCAUUCUACAAUCAUCAGCAUAAUAAUAAUAGUAAUAAUAAUAUUGAACAUGAAACAUCAAUGUACGAUAAUGAAGGAUGUUAUGAUGAAGAAAGUUCAGACGAUGAACAAGGCGAAGAUACACAGAAUCGUUCGUCAACGUAUAAAAAACUUAAUCUAUCUGUUACAUCGUCUCAUUCACAAUGCGAUGAAAAUAAUUUAUAUUCUAUCUCGACAACAACAACACAACAUUCAACUAAUCCAGAUAAUGAUGGACGAUCACCGUCAAAACGAGCAAAUACAACAACUAGUAAUGAUAGGAAACGACCAUACAACGUUUCGGUAGAUCCAGCAAGAUAUCGUCGUGUACCCGACCCAGACGAUGCAAAUUCAGUAAAAUUUGCCUGCUCUUUAUGUGGAAACUUGUACAAGUGGCGUAAAAGUCUCAAUAAACAUUGGAAAGAAAAACACUUUAGUGAAUCUCCACCACCGUUAGACGCUCCUGUUCAUAUUCGACCAACAAAAACUGUAACAACAGCAACUACAACACCACCAUCAUCAUCUUCUUCUUCUUCACCAUAUAACAAAUCACUACAAGGUCGAUCUCGUCCUUCACUUGAUAUCAAUUUUCCGCCAAGUUCGGAAAAACUAUCAGCAUUAAGUAAUAUGUUAUCUCAGCCAUCAAAAACAUUAGGUCUACUAGGUGCACCACAAUCAAUAUCGGGUCAGUCCUCGGUACAACCUCAUCAUCCAGCGUUUCCAUUUCAUCCAUUUCAUCAGUGGUUGAAUCCAGCAUGGAAACCAAUUUUAGCUACUGCACAUCAAAAUCGAUUUCUCUCUCCACAAUCUCUACCACAAAUACCAUUACCAUCCGAUUUAAGUCAAUUUCAUCAAAGAAAUAUAUCGUCGGUUCAGCAACAACAAAAGCAAAAUAUUUAUAUGCCACCAUCAAAUAAAUUAAUAUUACCUCCAUCUGAAUUUAGUCCAAGUUCUGAUUUUGCCACAUUGCGAAAACACAACGAAAGAAAGCAAGAGUAUGAAAAUGAUACUAAAUCAUUUAAAGGUUCGAACGACAAUGAACCACAAAAAAAUGAAUUCGAUGGAUCAACAGGACCAUUAGAUUUAACAGUCAAAACAGAAAAAUACGAUCGUGUCGAUAAUAAGCCAAUCAUGGCCAAUAUAUCUAGUCGACAUUCAUCAAACGAGCCAGAUAAAGCAAUAAAAAAAGACAAACAUCGAAUAAAGUCUAAAAAACAUCAUUCAAGAGCGAUUAAUACUAUUAAAAUAGAAGAUAAUGAACGUAAUAGCUCAUUUGAGCAACAUAAACAUCAUCAAUAUUCUCCGGGCAAACAACAACAUCAGUCAGGCUCUCGAUCAUCAUCAACUGAACAACUGCCAGAAGAACAAGAGGACGAUCAUCAACAACAUACACCCAUAACAGAUAUUAGUGUCAGCGACCAUAGUCGUGAAAGUUUCUACGAUCAUCCAUCGCGUUCACAGUUGAAAACAACGUCAUCAAAUCGUUCGAGUAAAGCUGCUGCCAGUACGACUGAUAUUUCGGCAUUAUCACAACAACGUCAUUUUAAUCAGCACCACCAAAAUGAUCGGAGUCAGAGCCCACAACCAAUUGACAGUCAACAAUCAUCCUCUCGCUUAAGUAGCGCUAAUAGUAAUAGUCAGACAGAUCCAACUAGUCCAUCGCAAUCAUUAUCACAUAUACCAAGUAUAGCAAAUCCAUAUGGACAAAAAAUAUUUAUUUGUUCUGUGUGUGAACAACACUUUUUGUCUGUUGAAACAAUAAAUGAUCAUUUCACACAAAAUCAUUUACCUGAAUUAGAACGAGAAAUAUCGGGCAAAUCACCACCACGUAAUACAAAUGUUGCUCAACAAAAUGAGGAAUGGAAUUUAAGUGAUCCGACAAAUCCAUUAAAAUGUAUUCAAUGUGAUUUUGUUGGACGUUGGCCAACAGAACUACAAAAACAUGCUGCAUCUCAUUCAAGUUCUCGUCCAUUCAAAUGUCUAAUAUGUUCAUUAACAUACAAAUGGCGUUGGGAUUUAGCAAAACAUUUUGAUCGUGCCCACCCAAAACUAGUAAAUCCAUACAAAAAACGAGAUCGUGAUCAAGCUCGAUCAUUAAUGGAACAGACAAAGAAAGGUGACGACAGAAAUAGACGAUCGACUGGGACUUCUUCAUCACCGUCAUCAACUACAUCGUCAAAGAAAUCAAUCUCAUCUCGAAAAUUGAUUCCUGCACCAAUAGUCAAACAGAGAAGAUCGACUAGCUCACAAUUAAACGAUAACGAACAGUUAUUUGAAGAUUUAGUCGAUAAAACAGAAAUUAGUAUUACUGAUUCUGAUAAUGAAGUAGAACAAGAAGACAGGAAGACAAAAUCAGAUGAUCUCGAUUUAGAAAAAGAAAAUGAUGAUGACGAUGAAGAUUCUCUUGCGUCACCACCUACUAAAAGAAUAAAAAAUAAAUCAAAUUCUGACAAUCAUGUGACUCGCUCAGUAUCGCCUCCAGUGAUGAUUGAUCAACCACUUCCGCCUUCAUCUUUACAUCCAUCGUUUCCCUACAUGCCGAUGACAUCAGCUUCUCAUCCAAUUUAUUUUCCUCCGCCAUUUUAUACGGGCUUUCCACAUUCAAUAUUCCCGUCAAUACCAUUUAUGAAUCCUUCAUUACUUUUACAAUCACGUGAAUUACAAAAAUUACACAAUAUGCCAAAUUUUCCAACGUCUUCGUUAACGUCGAGCAGUCUUUCAACAUCAAAUGAAAAUCCACCUGUAUCACCUAGUUCUGCAUCUCCAUCGAAUUUAUCAAAGAAUCGUUCUUCAAUUUCUAAUGCUGCUCCAUUUCAACUGUUUUCACAAAAUCAACGCCAACAAUCACCGUUAUCCAGUUCUUCGCCAACACCAUCAUCGAAUGCUACAACACCACGUUCCGAAAAUAAUUCAAAUUCGAAUGUAACAGCUCAACAACAUGCUGACAAUCAAUUUAUCCUUAAUCAAGCUAAACACCACCGUUUUGCCAUAGCAGCAAUGCAGGCAGCGGCAGCAGCCGCCGCACAUCAACAGCAACAACAACAACCACAAACGAAUGGUAGUAACGGCCAAGUGUCAGCCAUCAGUGGAAAUUUAACUCAAUUUCGUCAACGCAAAGUUGAAAAAGAGGAUAGAAAUUUUCAAUGUAGAUGGUGUGAUUACAGAGGACGUUGGAGAAGUGAAUUAAUUCAACAUAUGCGAUGCCAUCAUGCUCAACUCAAACCAUAUCAUUGUUCUGCCUGUCCUUAUGCAUCGAAUUGGAAAUGGGACGUUCAAAAACAUGUCAAAAAACAGCAUUCACAAGAUCCAGCAAAAAUUAUUGAAAUUCCCGAUAAAUUUUUAUUUCGAACAACAGGAACAGAUUUAAAACAAAGUUUUAAUCCUAAAAAUGUGACAGACGAGAAAGAUCAACAAUCAAAAAAUGAUGAAGAAGUUGAUUGCAGUUAUUUUGGUGUAGAUGUUCAACAAAAACUAACAACAAUGAAAUACACUGCAGAUCGACAACUAAGUUGUCAACAGUGCCCAUUUGCAGCAAAUAGUAUGGCUGAAUUACGUCGGCAUUUAAUUGUCCAUUCGUCUGAACAACCGUAUCAUUGUUUUAAUUGUGACUAUCGAUCAAAAUGGAAAUGUGAUGUUAAAAAACAUAUGAGAGUUUGUGGACAUCAUGGACCAGUAUUAGUUGGUAGAAAAGCCAUGCAAAAAGUAAUGGAAAGUUUAGGACUCGUAAUUGGAAAUACAGAUAAACAACAGCAAGCUGCUGCGGCUGCAGCCGCUGCUGUUAUGAUGCAAAUGACAAAAUUGAAUGAACAACUUCAACAUCACGAUCUAAAUGAACAAGAAGAUAAUUUGGAAUAUACAGCAAGUGAAGAUGAAGAAGACGAUGAUUUAGUAACUGGCGAUCAUUCGAAACGAGAAUGGGAUGAAACGGACACUAAUAAUGUUUCACCACCGUCCAUCGCCACUGAUAACUCUCGAACAAUAAAUGAAGAUCGAGAUGAAUCAACUGCAGCAGCAGCCAUCAGUGUAAAUAGUCAAAAAAAAAAGCACAUGAAGUUCCCAUCAUCUACUUCACAAACAAUUUCGAAUAGUAAUUUACGUUGUCGACAAUGUGAUCAUGAAGCGAAUGAUCUAAGCGACUUAUUAGUUCAUCGAAAAGCUCAUGCAUGUACGAAAAAUGGAACAAAAACAAAUACCGCAGUUAAUGUAUCAUCACAUUAUCAUAAUGCAGAUACGAUUAAUUCGUCCAAAACAAGUUUAUCAAACGAUAAUAGUCACAUAAACAAUGAUAUUUCACAUGAACAAAGUGACAUGGAAGAGGAAAAUUCUAAUUUAUCGGAUGAAAGCGAGAAUGAUAAUACUCAACUAGUUGAACAGACUACUGAUAAUGUCCAUCAAUCAUCUCAAUUUAAACUUAACUAUCAUAUGUUUACUGGAGAAUUAUUAUGGCUUGAAAAUAAUCCAACUGUGAAGGCAAUGACAAAGAUUCAUCAUGAUAACUAUUCAAUUGAAUAUAAUUGUAAAAAAUGUGAUUUUCGUCUUAUAAACGAUCGUGAUUUAUUUCUAAAACAUCUUGAUGGUCAUGAAAAUAAGGAUGCAUUUGUUUAUGAUCUUAGCAAUUUUUCUCAUUCGGAUAUUAGCAAACUAAAAUAUCAAUUAAAUACUCAUAA